UGGUUAAUUAGUUAAAUCCUCUUAGUUUCACCGUUAUAUGUUUGUAGGGUAUUUGAAAAUAAGAACUGAAUUAACAGAGUAAACGAUGCUUCCCCCUUCGAGUGCGUGACCUCUCAAGAUACGUGACACCACAAAGAUGGCAGCGGAAGGGGGAAUUUCCAGGAGUAAAGUGAGUCCAGCCUUUUUGCAUGCCAACUCUACCAGUCAUACCUGGCCAUUUAGUGCCAUUGCAGAGCUUAUUGACAAUGCCUAUGAUCCUGAUGUGAAUGCCUCGGAGCUGUGGAUUGAUAAAGUUGUAUUGAAUGGCAAAGACUGUCUCACAUUCGCAGACAAUGGCAAUGGACUGGAUGGUGACAAGUUGCUCAAGAUGUUGAGUUUUGGCUUUUGUGAAAAGGAAGUGUUUGAAAAGAGUCCUCAUAAGCCAAUAGGUCACUACGGAAAUGGAUUCAAGAGUGGGUCUAUGCGACUUGCACAGGAUGCUGUUGUGUUUACGAGACAUGUUCGCACCAUGAGUGUUGGCAUGUUGUCACAGACAUACCUAAAACGUAUCAACUCUGAGACAGUUCUGGUUCCAAUCGUUUCGUGGACGAUAUCAACAAAGGAGAUAGUUCGCACUCCAGAGGCCCGCAACAACCUGCUGGCAAUCCUGAGGUUCUCCAUAUUUAACACGGAGGCGCAGCUCAUGCACGAACUCAACGGGCUCGAGAGACUCCGAACUGGAACCAAAAUUGUCCUCUAUAAUUUGAAGAGAACAAAAGAUGGCCAGAUGGAGCUUGACUUUCUUAGUUCACCUAAUGACAUCAGGAAUCCCGAGACCCAGUGUAUAGACUUGACGAGUGUGUAUCGACCUAUUAGGGAAUACAGCCCCGAGUAUAGGAGAUCACUGCGGGAGUAUUGCAGUAUUUUGUUCUUGAAGCCACGCAUGAAGAUUGUGUUGCGAGGUCAGAAGGUGAAGACGAAGCUGAUUUCUAAAAGUCUGUCUCACACUGAGAUUGAUGUCUACAGACCCACUUGGCUUGCCAGACCUAUAAAGAUUGUGUUUGGCUUUGCGUGUAACAAGAAGGCCAACUCUGACGACUAUGGAUUGAUGCUGUAUCAUCGGAACAGACUGAUCAAAGCGUAUGAGAAAGUCGGUUACCAGAAACAGCCAAAUGACCUUGGCCUUGGUGUGGUUGGCGUGGUCCAGGUGGACUUCCUGCAGCCGAUACACAACAAACAGGAGUUCAACAAAGAUGAUCGAUACAAUGCCUUCAUGCAGAACAUCGCAACAAAACUGAAUGACUAUUGGAAUGAAAAGAAGUGUGGAGGCAAGUCUCAAGGAACACCUUCGAACAACCUACCAGACUGGUUGUGGGCGCAGUGUGAGAACUGUCUGAAGUGGCGACGCCUGCCCGACGGAAUCGAAAAGCUUCCUGAUCGAUGGUUUUGUCACAUGAACCCAGAUGCUUCACACAAUCGGUGUGACAUAGAGGAAGAACCUGAAGACGAAGACCAAGCGCUACAGAGGAGUUACAAGAAAACAUUCAAGAAAGAGAUGGAGAAGGAAAAGCUGAAUAGUAAAUGGGCAGAAAGACAGCAGGUUUUACAGAAGGAGGAGGAGCUGAGAGCGCGAGAGGCGGCUCUACGACAGAAGAUGCAGCAGAUAGAGAGUGUAUCCAGUACUAAUUUUAAUUCAAGAAAGAGCAUUGCCAAUCUGGAAAAAGCCCUGAUCGAAUCAAAGCAACGAGAAGCUCUGCAGAAACGGCUCAUUCUUCAGUUACAGGAGCAGAAGAAAAACAGCGAAGUUAAGAAGAAAGAACUUCUGAAUGCAGCAGAAAACCUUCGACUAAUGAAUUCAGAAACAUCGAUGCUGAUAGAGGAUGCUUCGAAUCUAGCGGGUGAAUCAUCGGUGUCAUCAACAAGCAGUGUUACAAAGAGAAAGGCUGAAGGUGAAGACUCGUCUGCGAAGAAGAUGCGGAUAAAGACUGAGGAUGGUGACCUGGUUGCUGUGAUACAUUGCCCCGAGACGGGCAAGGAGAUCAUUGACCUGACCAGUGACCCCGAGGAGGAGGCGGCGGCGUCUCCUACUGCUGGUGAUGAAGAUGGCUCCUCUGUGAAGGAGAGUGUGGGGAACGACGCAAGUGAUAAAGACAAAUCUGGUGAGAAUCAGAACUCUGGUGACAGUGAUAAUGUAACAGAGAAAACAGAUGUGAAACCUGACAAGGCAGAACUCGAUAAGCAGAUGAAUGAGAAGGACAGUUCAGCAGACGAUGACAAUGACAAUAUGGAUAACAUGCAGGGAGAGACGGAAAUGGAUGGCACCAAAAAUGACCAAGCUACGUCAAAUGAUUCCAUGGACACAACAGUAGACGUUAAGCCAAACAUUGGGGAACUAAACAGACAAAUGAGACAGAAAAAUCGCAGAUCUGAAGCAUAUGAAAUUAGUGCAAGAAUCUUUUCGAAGUUUGUUCAGACAACCCCUGUAGACCUGCGUCCGGCGUGUAGUGAUGGGAUUAAACAGAGUUCUCUGAAGCCGAUAGAGCAACGCCAGCAGCUGAUCACCAAGUGUGGGGAACUAGCCGACUGUAAAGAGAAGCUGAAGAGCUUGCAGGAUGAUAUAUACAAACUGUUGAGAAUCAUUGUACCCGACGUCGAGUUGGGCGACUCGACAGACAUUCAGUACAUCAUCGGAGAGAUGAUCCGAGUGAACAGCGAGGUGCCCAAUGAAGUGAACAGUGAAGUGAACAGUGACUUGAACAAUGAAGUGAACAGUGACUUGAACAAUGAAAUGAACAGUGACAUGUCCAGUGAUGUGAACAGUGAAGUGAGCAAUAAAGUGAACAUUGAAACGAACACUGAAGCAAACAGUGCAGUGAACAGUGCAGUGAACAGUCCAGUGAACAGUGCAAUGAACAGUCCAGUGAACAGUGCAGUGAACAGUCCAGUGAACAGUCCAGUGAACAGUGCAGUGAACAGUGCAGUGAACAGUGAAGUGCCCAGUACAAACACAACAGCAGAGUCCUGAUAAGACUCCUGUGUUGUCAUCACACAAAUCAAUCAGUCAUCAUUCAUAGAUCCCAUACAUCCUUCUAGUGAGCUUACCAUUUUAAACAAAAUGCAGCCAUUUUUUCAUAAUUAAUACAGUGUACUGAAUUCCAUUAUAAAGCAUAUCACUGGGGGUAAAGUCACAUCAAUAGAUUGCUAUCUGGUGCUAUUCAGUUUGAGAGAUUUGUGAUUUGGUUGCAUUAAUAUUUACUACUUAGUAAAGAAGAAUCAAAAGAUUAGUUUGUAGGUUUCUUAAUUUAUAUGGCACCUGUUUCGCUAGGAUUGGAAAAAAUAGUUAAAUGUCAGUAUGAUUAAGAAGACCUAAUAUACUGACAAUGUGGCUGGUAACUAAAAAAUGUCUGACAACCUUAAAUGUGAGACAAUGUGUAGAUUAUAACUAUUAUUUUAUAUGAAUAGGCUAACAAAAUGAACAUAUGUAGCAUAACUUACACUGUCAUAAAAUGUCAAUCCUAAUUUAUAUUUCCCUUCACUGGACAUGUAAUUGUUUUGUAAUAAUAGUUUGUUUUGGGGGGGGGGGGGGUGAGAUGUGGAAUUGGGGAUGGAGUGUUUUGGGAAUAAAGUUCCUUGUAGAUCUAUUGGGCCGGAUUUACAAAGCCAGUUUUUAUUAAAUGCAGGUGUUUAAGCAUUGUAAAUGUAUAUAGUUACAUGCGUGUAAGACAUAAACAGGUGUUUAAGCAUUGUAAAUGUAUAUAGUUACACGUGUGUAAGACAAA